AUCUCUGAUCUCUGUUCUCUGUUGUCUGUUCUCUCCCCAAAACCAUGGCUGAAUCAGUCCUCUUCAGCGUGGCAGAGUCCCUCAUUGGGAAGCUUGCUUCACUUGCUGUGAAAGAAGCUACUCUGGCAAUGGGUGUGUAUGAUGAUCUACAAAAGAUGAAAGACACUAUCUCAUUCAUCAACGCCGUGCUGUUGGAUGCAGAGCAAAAGCAGCACCAGAACAACCAGUUGCGUGUAUGGCUCACGCAGAUCAAGCACGUGCUCUCUGACACCGAAGACAUUAUCGAUGACUUUGAGUGUGAAGCGUUGCGAAAGCAUGUUGUUAAGACUCACGGCAGCAUGUCCAGGAAGGUACGCCGUUUCUUCUCAGGUUCUAAUCCUCUCAUAUAUCGUCUUAAAAUGGCACAUGAGAUUAAAGAAAUCAAUAAGAGAUUAGAUAAGAUUGCAAAUGAUCGAAACAAUCAUGGCCUUCAAACCAAUGAUGUCGAUAGGCGUGCCGUGCAUACGAGGGAGACCGUGGAUCCGAGGGAGACCUAUUCCUUCGUAGAUGCUUCUGAUGUGAAUGUGAUGAUAGGAAGGGAACAGGAUAAGGAAAAGAUCAUUGGACUUUUGUUGGAAGACGAUGAUGGUGGAAGUCUCUCUGUUAUUUCCAUUGUGGGAAUUGGAGGCUUGGGAAAGACCACGCUUGCAAAGACAGUUUUCAAUCAUAAAAGGAUUGGUGACUCUUUCGACUUGAAGUUGUGGGUGUAUGUAUCCAAUGAUUUUGAACUCAUGAACGUGCUUAUCAAGAUCCUCAACUCUAAUCCAAACAUGAAUAAAGAGAACUACAAGGACCUUGGGAUGGAGCAGCUAACAAACAAGGUGAUAAAUAUGCUUCGUGGUAAGAAGUUCUUGCUUGUCUUGGAUGACGUGUGGAACGAGAAUCAUGAUAAAUGGGUUGAGUUGAAGGGUUUAAUACAAAUAGGUGCCAAAGGAAGUAAAGUCCUGGUGACUACUCGUAGCCGUUCCAUUGCUGCCAUGAUGAACCCUAAACCCUCAUACUCCCACCCUUUGGACCGUCUUUCUGAAGUAGAUUCCGUGACUCUGUUCAUCAACUGCGCUUUUGAAGAAGGAGAACAGAAGAAGUAUCCAGAGUUGUUGUUGAUCGGGGAAGAUAUUGCAAAAAAAUGCAAAGGGAUUCCUUUGGCAGUGAGAACUUUGGGGAGUUCACUGUUCUCAAAAGUUGAUACAGAAGAGUGGAAGUCUGUUAAAGAAAGCGAGAUUUGGAAUUUACCACAAAAUGAUGGUGACAUUUUGCCGGCUCUAAAAUUAAGCUAUGAUCAGUUACCUUCCUAUUUAAAACGAUGUUUCGCUUGCUUCUCCCUUCUUGAAAAGGUGUUUACUAUGAGUAGUCAUCCCAUUUCUUCGCUCUGGGGGGCACUUGGUUUCCUUCCAUCGUCAAUGCAAAAUAAAACAUUCGAAGACGGUGGCAAACAAAUUUUGCAUGAGCUGCACUCGAGGUGUUUUCUUCAAGAUUUUGUUGAUUUUAGUAGUACUUGCACGUUCAAAUUACAUGAUUUGGUGCAUGAUCUUGCAGUAUAUGUAUCAAAAGAUGAGUUUCAACACGUGAAAUCCCGCAGUGAAAAUAUAUCUGAAAAUACCCAACAUUUGUCAUUUGCUGAAGACAAUUUGCUUGGUCAAGCUUCCUUUCCUACAGGUCUAAGAUCCAUUAUUUUUCCUCGUGGAGCCAACAACGAAGCUUCCUUGAAUUCAUUGUUGUCCAGUUGCAAAUACUUGCGGUAUUUGGAAUUAGGUUAUUCUGAAUACAAGAGUUUGCCUAGCUCCAUUGGUAAGUUGAAACAUUUAACAUUUCUCGGUCUUGGAAGUAAUAUUUCAAGACUCCCAGACUCGGUGUGCAAACUCCAAAAUUUGCAAGUUUUAAGACUCCGUGAUUGCGAAAACCUAGAAACAUUGCCCAAAGGCAUAGAGAACUUGAUCAGCCUUCGACAGUUGCAUUUAACCUCUAAGCAAUCCAGUUUUCCAGACAAAGAGAUUGCAAAAUUGACUGCUUUAGAAACUUUAUCCUUGAUUUCUUGUGACAACCUGACGUCAUUACUUGGAGGGAUCCAACUUCCUAGUCUUAAAUCUUUAAUUAUUAAGUCUUGUGAGAGUCUAAAGUCUUUGCCAUUUCAUGUCAUUCCAAACUUGGAGAGUUUGUUUAUUAUCAGCUGUCAUAAGUUGGAAUUGUCAAAAGAAAUUAACGAUAAAAUUCCCAGUUUAAAAUUAAAGUUACUUUUUCUUGGUGAUUUACCGCAACUGGUCACUUUGCCUCAAUGGUUGCGAGGAUCAUCAAACACAUUGCAAUCCUUGGGAACUAUGGAAUGUGUCAAUCUUGAGGAGCUUCCUGAGUGGUUUUCGACUUUCGUUUGUCUCAAAACACUUUUAAUCGAAAGUUGCCCAAAAUUGAUUUCACUCUCUGAUAACAUGCAUCACCUCACAAAGCUUGAAUAUUUAGAAAUUAGUGAUUGUCCUGAAUUAUAUAAACGAUACCAACCGAAUGUCGGGGAGGACUGGCACAAAAUAUCACACAUCAAACGAGUUAUCGUUCCUGUGCCAGAAGAGGAAGAUUAAUUCUCAAAUAACGUAGUCAAAAGUUCGAAGUAUGUUGCUGCUCCACCCAUCAAUUCUCUGGCAUUUGUUUUGGAAGGAGUCAACUAUGGAGCUUUGGAUUUCACCUAUUUUGCUUAGUCAGUGAGUUUUGAAAAUUGUUUCUUUUGUAUGAAUCAGAGCAAGUAUCUGAGAUGGUGUUCAUGAGUCAUGAAUGACCUUUGACUUUAAAAACAAGGGAAAUACAAUAUUGUGAAUGAUGAUUGACCAGUAACAUUCUUACAUUAUUU